AUGAUCUUGCCGUUCCCGAACGGCAUCGUAGGGGAUGGGCGCACGCCCUCCCCUUCCGGCCAGGGAGGAGGAAACUCGGGACGAGCCACAGCGGCAGCGGGGGGUGGAGCGCGCAACUGGCCUCUUAGAGGAGCUGGCGACGCUUCCCCGGGUCCUCCAGGGCGAGAAGAGCGUUCAUCUGCUGCCUGCAUAGCUUUUUCUCUCAGCCUUCUUUUGAUUCUUUUCUUGUUUAACUUGGAUUCAAUUGUUGAUAGCUUCGGUCCGUCGUCUCCUCGCGCUAGCGCUGGUCAACAACGCGGAAGCGAUGGCGCCUCCGGGUCGAACUCGAAUUCGUUGUCGAUGUAUUACCAGGCGAACAAAAGGGAGCAGUCUCCACUCCAUGUCGGCAUGGAUCGAACUAAGCGGUACAGCUUGCAGUUCAACUCUGAAUUCUUCUUUUUCGUUUUUGACCCAACUGAUCUGAAUGGAACGACGCCGUCUCAACUCGCCACGGGAGACUUGGGGAACUGGAACUCCCAAGGUCCGGGCAACGAUUUGUCAAAUGCUUUUCCGUACUCCACUCAGUCGCUUUCUCUGUUGACUUCUGGUGCGGCGACACUGUAUCUUUAUACUACACGAACCAUCUUCCAAUCCGUGCGUAUGGCUUUGCUGCGGAUACAUUUAAAUGUUGGCUCGGCGUUUUCGUCGUCGACACCCCUCGCCUUUCCGUUCGGUUUCUUCGAUGCCUUCUCCGGUCUCUUCGUGGACCGCGAUUUGUACCUUACUGGAGUCGAUUUUCGAGACAUUCCGAAGGCAAAUUUCCAAGGUUCGUCUCUUGCCUCGAAGCUUCCAGUGGUCAGAGGCCUUCCUGUCCCCCCGGGCUCGGUGGAUGCGACCUGGUGUACGUACACUGCAUCGCUGAAGCUGAACUUUGAACCAGGUCUUGGAAAAUCCGCCCGAGAGACGGAUGAGAGUUCGGUAGCGGAACUGUCUCAACGGGCCGCGCAAAAUAGCGAUGCAGCUGCGAGUGUUGCAGCGGGUGUACCGGGCCCCCCUCGGCGACUUGAUGCUCCAGGAAAUUCUGCGGUGGAAAGUCCAGCUUCCGGAGCCCCGCGGUCUCGUCCUCUCGCGCAAUCUUCUGUGUCACAGCAGGAAAGCACGACUAGCCCCGGCACACUGCCACCGCGAAGAGCGACGGCCUCGCGUUCCUCUAGUGGGCGGCGCAUGCCGGCUCAAUCUUCCUCGGAGUCUCUGUUGACCGCUAAGGAAACGCCCACAGCAGGUUCACCGGAAGCUGAAAGCAUGAACCGCGAAGACGAUGCAGGUGGCGAACGUCCUCGGGAUGGAGGCGAGCCCCAAGGGGAUCUUGUUGGCGAGCUUGUCUCAUCUGACUGUGGAUUCUACAUCUAUUUUCGAGCAUGGGAAAUAGACUACAUUGCUUUGGCGAGCCAUAUCACAUCUGUAACGCUCGUGUUCAACGUCAAAACCCUGGUAGAAAUGCGGUUUUUCUGGAAGCAGAUGCAGCACACAGAGGGCAUUGGGGGUCUCGGAAGUACCUCAUCCCUCGCGCUUCUGCAGCGGGUUUCUAUCAUUGGGCAAGCGUGGCAAGCAGCGCUUGACAUUUUUGAGGUCGUGGCCAUGUUCCGUGUUGCUAUGCAACUUCAAAUAAUGAUGGCUUACUUCUCCAUCCUCAUCAUGUUUAAGGCAAUUCUCUUCGGGGCAUUGGAGGUGCGCUACCUUUUCAUGGUGUGGAACGCCCGCCAGCAGAGUAAUCCUCAAGAGUUAGACGCCACGGGGCGCGCCCUGACGCACUUUUAUAGAAAUUUCUACGGCUCCCUGGCCUUCCUCGUUCUCUUUCUCUACUACGUCUUCCCAGUCUUUCCGCCGAUCUGUCUUGUCCUCUACUUCAUGUGGCUGCCCCAAAUUGCCUGGGACGUCUGGAAGGGCCAGAGGAAUUCCAUGGACUUACAGUUCGUCGCCGGCAUCUCUUUAUGCCGGCUCGUUUUUCCCACGUACCUCUUUGGGUACCCGGUCAGCCUCUUCCAAGAAUCUUUUGUCGGCGUCACUCUCCCCAACUACCCUGUCCUCGUCUGCAUCGUCGUCGUUGUGACCCUCCAGGUCUUGCUCAUGCUCGCGCAACGGCGAUUUGGCUCCCGGUUCUUUGUUCCCUUGGACCAUUUGCCGCAUGUGUAUAACUACCAUCGGCCGCUACCAGCGUCCUUGGCGAACGAUGCGGAAGAAGGCUUGCCUGAGUGUGCGAUUUGCAUGAACCCAAUUGCCCGCAAAAGCAGACACCGAAGCAUCACGCCGUGCGAUCACCUCUUCCAUGACAAAUGUCUCCAGCAGUGGAUGGAAGUCAAGAUGGAGUGCCCGAACUGUAGAGGCGCCCUGCCUCCAUUCCCGUGA